AUGUCUUUUUCUUUUUACGAUGAAUAAUAUGGUGAGUCUACAUAGAACAGAAUUUAAAAAUCUUAAAAAAUUUAAGUAGGAAGAUGUAUUUAAAAUUAUGACAAUAGUAUUCUAUAUGGAAUCAGCUCUAUUAAUAAGGCAAAUAAAGAGUAUGACCACAUUAUUGAUAACGAUAAGGAAAAAGAUGGUAAUUUAAUGAAAAAAUAAGAUGAUUUGAGAUUAGGAGAAAAAAAGAGAUAAUAAUGGCUUUUAGAUAUUAUACCUUCCAAAGUUUAUUCAUCGUCUAAAUUAGAAUUAUCUAACAUUCAGUAUGAAAGUUGCUUAGAUAAAAAGCUAGACUAAAGCUUAGAUGAAAGUAGAAUUAUUGAAUAAAUACAAGAAGGUACUCCUGAAACUUUUACUAAUACUUAUACAGUUCAAGAUUAAACUCAUUUUAUACAGAGACAAUAAAUGAAUUAAAGCUUUUAAACAGAAAAUUAAGACAUUCUUAGUUUGAAUUCUUAGUUUAGUGGAAUGAGAAAACCUACCUUCAAGAAUUCUGCUAAAAUGUCAUAGUUUUAAAAUAAUUAAACUUUAAAAAAAAAACAGAGCUAUAGACAAAAAUUUGGCAGUUAAAAUUAAGAAGAAGAUAAAGACUAAGAAAGAAAGAGUGAGUUAAAGAUUAGAAAUAAAAGAACUUCUCACGAGGUGUGGCUCUAAGGGUUUUUUAUUAUUUUGAUAUUUGUAAAUCGUUUUAUAUUUAAAAGCAAAAAGAAGUUAAUCUUUUUUAAACCCUAGAUGCUAAAACAAAACUAACUUCAAGCAAUAAACGAUAUAGCUUCAAGUUAUAAGAGUAAAAAAGAAGAUUAAGCUAAAUAAGAAAAAAUAUUUCCAAGGUCGAGGUGGAUUUUUAGAAAAAUGAGAAUUUAAUACUUAAUUUUUAGGAAAAAAAUGAAAAAGUGUAUCAUACCUAUAAAUUAGUGUUUAUAAAAGUUAAAGAGCUUCAUAAUAAAGUUACUUCAUCCUAUACCAGUGAUUCUUCCAUUCUAUAAAAUAUCUUUAAUUUGGGAUUUAAUCUCUAUAUUAUUCAUCUAAAUAAAUAGCUUUAUUAUUCCUUUUGAGAUAGCAUUCCUCAAUGGCGAUACAUUUGACGAAAAUUUAAAGAUAGUUAGCAUGAUUAUUUUUUUUAUCAAUUUUUUUAUGGUCUUAAAUACAGCUUAUUAUGAAAAUGGAAUUUUAUAAAAGAAUAGAAUUAAUAUUCUGAUCAACUUCACAAACAAGCAUUUAAUAAUUGAGUUUUUAGCUUUCAUAUGUCUUUAUUAUAAUCCUUUUGGCAUAGCUUUACUGAGAAUUUUAUUUUUGAUCAAAUUUUUUUAAUUUUAUGAAACUGUAUAAAAUCUUAUAGAGUCUCUCUAAUUAUCAGAUAAAUAUUACUUUUUAAUUCACUUGGUUACACUUCUUUUUGAGAUUAUUUUUCUUUGUCAUAUAUUUGCUUGCACUUGGUAUGGUAUUGGUUAAUUUUAGCUAAAUUAGAAUAUGUUUCCUAAUUGGAUUGAUUCGUAUGGAAUUAAUAAUCUAGUCAUAGGUUCUAGAUAUGUCCAGUCAGUUUAUUUUGCAAUAGUGACAGUAGGUACUAUUGGAUAUGGAGACAUAAAUCCGAAAAGCGAUAUUGAAAAAAUCUUUAUAUCAACUAUGACCUUACUAUCAUGUGGUGUUUUUGCUUAUAUAAUAAGUAAUAUACAGGAUGUUUACAGAGAUUAUAACAAAAAGAAAGAAAGGUUUUUGGUUAAUUUAACUGAAUUAAAUAAAUACAUGUUUACUAGAGACGUAAAUCCUAAUUUACAACAGAUGGCUAGAAAAUAUUUAGAGUAUGUCCAUAAAUAAGAUUUUAAAAGAGGAGAAGUGCCUAAUUAAACUUUAAACUCUCUAAGUAAAUUCUUAAGAGAAGAAAUUUGUGAAGAGAUAUUCUCUAGAUCCUUAGGAAACAUACAAAUAUUUUAAAAAUUCAGUCCUUAAAUAUAAAAAGCUCUAGCAUCUAAAAUGAAGGAGACAAUUUAUGGGCCUGAUGAAAUGAUUUUAAAGAAAGGAUAAUUUUCUACUCCUGCUUUAUACUAUAUUUUUAAAGGCAAAGUGGAAGUCACUAUUGAGCAAGGGAAUAAAAUAUGUUAAGAUUUUAAUAAUUUAACUUAAUAGUAGUCAUUCUUUUAGUUAAAUGAAAAAAGUACGUUUGGAUAAGCUGAAUUCUUUUCGUAAUCUCAUGAAACUUCUCUGAAUGUGAAAAGUUUAAACAUAACCACUGUACAUAUUUUAUACCUAAAUGAUUUUCAAGAAACAAUUAAGCAUUAUGUUAAUGAUAAAGAAAUAUAUUAAGAAUUAAAAGAUAAGUUAAAUAAUUAUCAAGACUAUUCAAGUAGUGGAAUUUUUUGCUAUUCUUGUAAAAGUAGUGACCAUGUAAUUAGUGAUUGUCCUAUUUUCUUUUAUAAACCAAAUAAGUAGAGAGUGGUAAAUUAAUAUCUCAAAGUUUACGACCAAGCAAAGAAGUAGAUUGAAAGGUCUUGUUAAAGAUUUAGUUUAAAUGCAUUAGCCUUUUAAUAUGAUAUAGAAGAAGAUUGCAAAUAUUUUAGAGAAAUUAACUUCAAUCAACAUGAAAGUGAUAUAGCUGAUUCUGUAAAUUAAAGUUAAGACACAUAAAAUUAAAUCCAAUACAAUUAUAGUAAUUCAUAAAGACUGAUUUACAAUUAAUAGAAAUCUGAUAUUGAUAAAAACUAAAAAGUAACUUUUUUUGAAGUAGAUCAGCAUGACAAGCAUAAUGAUAUAAAUUCAGAAAAACAAAAAGAAAUAAAUAAGGCAAGAUCUGAAUUAGAUUGGAAUAAUUAUCAUCAAAAUCAAAAUGCAGACAAUGUUUAUUGUAGUAGUAACUAUAAUUUAGAUGCUCCAAAAAUUGUAAUUGAAACUAUUUAAAAUAGCUAAAUUUUACCUUAGAUACAAUAAAACCAACAGCUCAAUGAGAGUUAAAUUUAAUAGCCACAAUAAUCAUAAUAGAAUUAGUAGUCAUCAUAGAUGUACUUAUAAGUAAGAAGUUAAAGAGAGGAAUUCAUAAAAAGAGUAUCACUGAGAAAUACAAGAUGUAAGAAUAAUUUAGCUAUCGAAAAAAAAAUAGAUGAAAAAUAGAUUGAUGGCAAAAAAUUAAGCAUCAUUCACUUGAAAGAAGGAUUAUAAUUAACUAAUAAUUCUAAAAACUCUUUAGCAAUUGACAUGAUUAAAAAAGUUUUAGAUCAGAUGCAAAAAAUAAACUCCAAAAAAGCCUUAAAAUUACAAGGAUGUGAAAUUGAUGAUUUUAUUGCAGAGUCAGUGAAGAAUUUUAAAUUUUAUAUGACGCACAAUAACAUUGUUUAAGUUAUUUAAUCUUACAACAAGUACUAUAGUUUAAAGAGCAAAAAAAAAAGAAGGAUCACUAUAUAUUAAUAAUGA